AUGUUCUUCACUGUAUCUAUAACACCAAUCAUCUGGUUCGAUCUUCUACUUUGCAUCGCUUCUGAUAAAAAUGAAACUUCCCAUCUACCUAAUUUCGGUGCUGCUGAUAAAAUUGUUACAAAUAAUACUUAUUCUGGUAUCUCAGACAGCUUUGAUUACAACAAUUUUGAGCCAUUGUUUGGCUCAGAAUUUCCAUCCGAUCCUUCGCAGUUGAUUGAUUUCGAUCAGUUGAGUGAAAUUGAGGAUAUAAGCAGCAAAGAAUCGAAACCCGAGAUCACAAAUGCUCCUCAUCCUGGCUUUUCAAACAGCCAUGGUUUAUUGGGCCACACUAAUUUGGACUCAUUACUUGGUUCAUAUACAGAUUCAAAUAGGAAUGUGUGGAGAGAUGCUAAUGGAGAAUUAAAAACAAAUGAUGAUAAAGCACGAUAUCCUAUCAUUAGAGAUGCUCAAAGUGAAACUUCUUCGCCACUUAAUGUCGACACCGAUGACAUUAUUACAUAUAUGCACUUACCUGGUUCACAACAAAAUGCGGUUCCGAUCUAUUUUCACCAACUUACUCUUUCCCCAGAUGACACAUCCAGUCAACAUGGAAAUACUAAAGAGAGCAACAUCGAUAACAAACACUUCCUGAAUAGCUUGAGUAUCCACGACUGCAGGGGAAAUACCAAUGAAGGAUCAGAAACAGAUAACAGAAAGUAUAUUUGUUAUUAUCCCGGGUGUACUGUGAUCACGGAAAAUUACAAAGGAUAUGUAAUACACAGGAAAGCACAUGGUCAACCUUUCAUCUAUGAAUGCAGAGUGCCCGGUUGUGGGAGGACAUUCAACCAUGAAUCAUCAUUUCGCAGUCACAAGCAAACGCAUGAACCUCAUCUUCAAUGCGAGUGCUGCGGCAAAUUCUUCACCACCAGGAAGGGACUGCAAUAUCAUACGAUGAGUUGCCAAACAAAAUCUCAUAAACGAAGCUAUGAAUGCCUCUACCCCGGGUGUGCUGUGAUCGCGAUGAAUUACAACGAAUAUGUAACACAUAGAAAAGCACAUGGUCAACCUCUCAUCUAUGAAUGCAGAGUGCCCGGUUGUGGACGGACAUUUGACCAUGAUUCAACAUUUCGCAAUCACAAGCAAACGCAUGAACCUCGUUGUCAAUGCGAGUGCUGUGGCAGAUUCUUCACUAGAAAUGCACUAACUAAGCAUAAGGAGAGCUGCCAAGCAAUAUCUCAUGAACGAUGCUACGAAUGCUUUUAUCCCGGAUGUACUAUGAUCACGAACAGUUAUAAGGAAUAUAUAACACAUAAGAAAACACAUGGUCAACCUUUCAUCUAUGAAUGCAGAGUGCCCGGUUGUGGACGGACAUUCGACUGUGGACCAUCAUUUUACAAUCACAAGCAAACGCAUGAACGUCAUCUUCAAUGCGAGGAUUGUGACAAAUUCUUCACCACCAGGAAGGGACUGCAAUAUCAUACGAUGAAUUGCCAAACAAAAUCUCACAAAGGAAGCUACGAAUGCCUCUACCCCGGGUGUGCUGUGAUCACGAAAAGUUACAAAGAAUAUGUAACACAUAGGAAAACACAUGGUCAGCCCUUCAUCUAUGAAUGCAGAGUGCCCGGUUGUGGGCGAACAUUUGACCAUGAUUCAACAUUUUUCAAUCACAAGCAAACGCAUGAACCUCAUCCUCAAUGCGAGGAUUGUGGCAAAUUCUUCAGCACCAGGAAUGCACUGAAAUCUCACAUGAAAAUCUGCCAAACAAAAUCUCGUUAG